AUGACCGUCAACUCCGUACCGCUCCUACAGCGGCUGGCUGUCACCUACUUGUUGCUGACCACGGUUGCGAAGACGGUUGUCCAAGCGUCACCGUCAGAGGGUCCCGACAGCAGCAGUCACAUUAAGUACACGUCCGAUUUGUUAGAUGACUCAUCCGAUGACUCGAUUUUGUUCGUCAACGAUGAUCCUAAUGAAUCUUCUCAAUUUCAGUCUAGAUUCUCAAGUUAUGGAACUAAAUCAUCAAAGACAACGAAUCCCAAACCACAGGAGAAUCUGGAAGCAUGCAUUGCAACCUUUAAAUCGCCUGAAAACUCUAUUUCCGUAUGCUCUACAAUAACUAAAAAUUGUCAGGCUACUUGUAUAGAAGGUUACAAAUUUCCGAAAGGAGUUCCAAAAAUUACGUUUGUGUGUGAUGGUCAGAGAUACAAAGUCAAAGGAUCAAUUUCUUAUGCCAUACCAAUAUGUCUUCCUGUUUGUAAUCCAUAUUGCGAAAAUGGAGGUACAUGUGAAAAACCCAACAAGUGCAGUUGUCCAAAAAAUUAUGAUGGGCCGUCGUGUCAAAAUUUAAUCCUUCCCAAGUACUGCAAUGGUUUUCCUAAUACACCGAUGAACUCAAAAAAGAAAUGCAAUUCAGAAGCGUGUACGAUCAGCUGUGUUGAUGGAUACCAGUUCCCGGAUUCAUCUAGUGUAGCAAACGUAUUUUGUAGAAAUGGAUCUUGGACACCCGGGAAAGUAGAAUGGUCCACAGUUCCAGACUGUAUGCCAGUGUGUGAUCCACCUUGUUUAAACGGUGGUAAUUGUAUUGGAUACCAGAAGUGUCAAUGUCCGACUGACUUUAGAGGCCCUACGUGUCAAUACUCGGAAAGUUCAUGUGACGUAACAAAAUUAAAUUUCAAUGGAAAUUAUAAAUGUUCCGACGAUAUGGAGAAAAACGUAUGCACACUCUCGUGCCCUCAAGGAUCUGUUCUAGAACCAUUUAAAACCACCGACGUCGAAUAUACUUGUCUGUAUAAAACUGGGGAAUAUGAACCAAAACAUAUACCUCAGUGUAUAUUUGAUGAGCAACCUUCUGAAUUAAUAAAUUCUUUUAACUCAGUAGUUGAAGUUUUUAAUACGUAUAAAAGCCGACCAGGGAGUUGCAGUCGUUGGGGUUUGGGAAACUAUAAGACGUUUGAUGGAAAGAUAUAUAGUUUCCAAAGUGACUGCACCUAUACACUAAUUAGCGAUAUUAAAACCAAUUUAUUUCAUAUUCAAGCACGUUUUGAUCACGGAGUGAUUAGUUAUAUCAAUGUUUAUAUUGUUGAUAAUCUGUACCAAAUAAAAAGAAAUGCUGAUGAUAAUGUCGUGUCGUUGAUUAAUAAUGGAAAACUACUCUCCAUACCAAAUGAGCUGGCAGAUUUAAGUUUUGAAAUUAUAAGUGGUCAAACAGUUUUUAUUAAUUUACGUACCACCAAUUUGAAAAUUAUCUGGAAAUCUAAUGGUGCCUUAAUCAUAGACGCUGGUGUUGAAUUAUGGAACUCGACUGAUGGCCUCUGUGGAAAAAUGGACGGUGUAUCGGCAAACGACUUGUCAUAUAAUAGUGUGACGAGUUUUGCGAACAAGUGGCUAGUGAAUGGCCUGAACGAUAUAUGUGAAUCACCUAUUACAGAAACUUUAAAAGUUUCCAAUGAAAUUAUGCAAAAAGCUACAGAGUUUUGUUCCACUGUUAAAAAUGAUCGGUUCAAAGUUUGCGGUAGUCAAAAUCUUAAUGUUGAAGCAUAUAUCGAAGCGUGUAAAAUGGAUUACACUCAAUGUCAUUUGGUAAAUGGUUCCGAUUGUGGAUGUAGCAGUAUCGCCGUCUUCGCGGAGGAAUGUUUAGGAAAAGACCCGACGAUUUCGUGGAGAGAUGAUAAAAUAUGCCCUUAUCAAUGCUCUAGUGGAAAAGUAUAUUCACAGUGUUUGCCAGUCGUACAAGAAACAUGCACUAUCGCAGCUGAAGUAAAAUCCAAAAAUAUUAACUCGUACUGUGAAGAAGGAUGCAUUUGUCCAUUUGGGACUGUUUUAAACGAUGGCGUAUGCGUAGUCAAAGAAAAGUGUCCCUGUAAGUUAAGAAAUAAAUUAUACCUACCCGGGGAAGAAAUCACUAAAGAUUGCAAUAAAUGCACUUGUAUUGGCGGAGAGUGGAGUUGCACCAGUGCCAAAUGCAGGGCAGAAUGUUAUGCAAUCGGAGAUCCACAUUACAAAACAUUUGACGGCCUGAAAUUCAAUUUCAUGGGAUCCUGUUCAUAUUAUCUCGUUGUCUUACCUGAAUUUUCGAUCGAAGCAGAAAAUAUCCCAUGCGACGGUACAAUGUCGAUAGAACAUGGUUUUGAAGUACCAAAUUUAUCGGCAAAAGCCACUUGCACUAAAACACUUACGAUACGAAUAGGAAAUAGCACAACUAUUAAAUUGGGCCAGGGAAAAAUAGUAUUCGUUAAUGGAGAGAUUGUAGAAAAAUUACCGAUAACUGUACAAGGUGUAGCUUACAUCAGAGAACAGUCAACAUUUUUCCUUCAAAUUGUUAUAACAAAUGGCGUUGAAGUAUGGUGGGAUGGAGAUACUCGUGCAUAUAUUUAUGCUACGCCAGAACUCGAAGGAAAAACCAAGGGCUUAUGCGGUACAUAUAAUGGUAACCAGAAAGAUGAUAUGUUUACUCCCGAAGGGGACGUCGAGACAAACGUCGUUUCUUUUGCAAAUAAGUGGAAGACGAAAGAGAGUUGUGCAAAUAACAAAUUAGAAACUGUAAUAAAAACUGCUCAUCCUUGCGAUGAAAAUAUACAAUAUAAACAUUUGGCUGAAAGCUAUUGUAGCAAUAUCACGGGAAAGUUAUUCUCAGAUUGUCACACUCAAGUAGACCCAAUUCCUUAUUACGAUGAUUGUCUUUACGAUGUUUGUUCUUGUCAUCCUGGUCAAUUUUCACGUUGCUAUUGUCAAAUAUUAGCUUCAUAUGCUCUCGAAUGUUCUCAUCAAAAUACGAUCAUAGAUUGGAGAAGAGGUGUUAGAGAAUGUGGCGUACAGUGUCCAGCAGGUCAAAAUUAUGACACUUGUGGAAAUUCUUGCCAGCGGACGUGUCAAGAUAUUUCUACUAUUAAUAAUUGCAAGUCCAACUGCGUUGAAGGCUGUUACUGUCCUAAGGGGUUAACAUUAUCAGAGUUUGGUGAAUGUAUACCCGUCGCAGAAUGUCCGUGUUAUUACAAUGGGCAAAAAUUUAAACCUAACCAAAAAAGAAUCGAAACUUCUGGAAAGGGUCCACAGUUUUGUACUUGCAUAAGUGCAGCAUGGGAAUGCCGUUCCGCUGAAACAAAUGAAUUAGCACAAUGGAAAGAUACAUCGGAAAGUUCAUGCAGUCGACGAAAACAUUUAACAUUUACUGAAUGCGAACCUUCAGAACCAAUAACUUGCCGUAAUAUGCAUGACCCCCCACAAUCAACACCAGCCAUAUGUUAUUCAGGAUGCGUUUGUAAAAAACCAUAUGUUCUCGAUUCAUUCACAAAAGAAUGUGUAUUACCAAAUGAGUGCCCAUGUCAUCAUGGAGGUAAAAGUUAUAAUAACAAUGAGACAUUUUACCAAGGUUGCAAUACAUGCGAAUGCAAUUUGGGAAAAUGGGAGUGUAAGAAUAAUGAAUGUCCUGGAAUUUGUUCAGUAUGGGGAGAUUCACAUUUUCAAACAUUUGAUUCUCGGUUUUUUGACUUUCAAGGCGCAUGCGAGUAUAUUUUAUCCAAAGGAACAUUAACUAGUUAUGAAUCUUUUGUGACUUCCAUAGAGGUCGUACCUUGUGGUUCAACGGGAGCAACAUGUAUAAAAUCCAUAACGUUGACGGUUGGAAGUGGCGAUGAAGUAGAAUUUAUACAAUUGAAAAAUCAACAUACUCCUUCUAAUACCAAAAGAAUAUUUGUCAAAGAAGUUGGUCAUUUUGUGGUGGUCGAAGUUCCUGAUUUAGGAAUACAAAUAUAUUGGGAUAAAGGUACCAAAAUGAAUUUACAAGUUGAUCAAAAAUGGAAAACUCACAUUAAAGGGUUAUGUGGAAACUAUAAUGACAAUCAAAUGGAUGAUUUCCAAACACCUUAUGGGGGUAUACCUGAAGUAUCAGCAUUAUUGUUUGGGGAUUCUUGGAAGCUACAGCCUCAUUGUACUCAACCGUCUGAAAUACGAGAUGCUUGUGCACUACACCCACAUCGUAGGCAAUGGGCAAUUCGUCAAUGUAGUGUUCUUAAAUCUUCUGUAUUCAAACCUUGUCACUCACAAGUUUCUAUAGACAACUACAUAGAAAGGUGUAUUUUUGACACUUGUGCUUGUGACCAGGGAGGUGAUUGUGAGUGUUUGUGUACAGCAAUCGCAGCAUACGCUCAAGAAUGUAGUAUUCGUGGGGUUUACAUAAAAUGGAGAUCUCAAGACCUUUGCCCUAUGCAAUGUGAAAAUGGUACAUCUUAUGACUCUUGCAUACCGCGUUGUUCUCGAAAAUCGUGUGACGACUAUGCUUCCCAAACUUCAGAAUUAUGUGAUGACAAAUUUUGCAUUGAAGGUUGUGCUAAAGCUCAUUGUCCUUUUGGUCAAGUUUAUCUUAAUUCUACAUCUGAUAUUUGUGUUUCCAAAAACAAAUGCAAAAUACCUUGUAAAAUUGAAGGCUCUGACCGUUUAUUUAAUGAUGGUGACAUUGUUUUUGAAGAUAAAUGUCACUCUUGCUUUUGUUCGAGAAAUAAGAAAAUAUGUAAAGGCCAACCUUGUUCUACUCCAGCCACAAUAACCACACCAACUUCUACAUUCCCAGAUAUAACUACCACUACAACCAGUAAACCAAUAUCAGACCAAAAAAUUAAUAAAACUAUUGAACAAUCAUGUUCUGAUGGUUGGAGCGCUUGGAUAAAAGUGGAUCAAUUAAAAAGCAAAAGUUUAACUAAAUUUGAAUACAUGCCAACGUUUGAUGAUCUAAAGUCUAUAGAAUAUAAUGGAAUAGAGGGCUUGAAAAACACUACAUUGGGAAUCUGUGUGUAUGAUAAAAUGGAUAAUAUCCAAUGUAGACCAACGAAGGCUAUAAAAGGUCUUAAAAAUAUAAUAGAAAAUGUUGAUUGUGGCUUAAAGAAAGGACUUGUGUGUGAUGGUAAAUGUAGUGACUAUGAGAUUCGUAUACAUUGUAAAUGCCAUAAAGAAUCGAACACUGAAGAAGAAAACCUUGGUCUUCUUGUAGAUGAAGAUCGAACAAUUAAUAAAACACGAAUAGUUUGUGUGGAUGGAUUUAGAUGGCAAGGUUGCAAGGUAAUGUGUAAUCAAGUAUGCCACUCAUUUGAAAAUCAACUCAAACACCAAAAUAUGUGUAUAUAUCCACAAAAAUGUAUUGGAGGUUGUGUCAAAGAAAAUAAACAGUCCAUAGUAUGCCCCACUGGGUCAAUGUGGAGGGACAACAACACGUGCGUGUCUAAGGAUGACUGCACUUGUUUUUCUAGAAAUGGUACUCAAGUGAAGCCCGGUGGCGUUUUUAAAGAAGAUUGGUGCACUGUAUGUCAAUGUAUAAACAACGCUUAUAUCUGUGAUGAUUCUUCUUGUCAUUAUAAAUUAACUACAGAACCUAUUGAACUCACAACUCAAAAAUCUGAUCAAACUACUUCACUUGAAGAAUUUACUACAUCGUAUAGAGAAAUAAUUAAUAAUAUUUCUUCUUCGGUUUCACACAAGUAUACUUCCGAAAAGCCAAUAUCUACAACAGAAACAAAGAUAAUGACAACAGAGUAUAUAAGCACAGCCAAAUGGCCUGAAACUAGUACUUCUAGUCCUUAUUUGAUUGUAUCCACUACAUUACCGACAGAAGAAUUAUCUACUGUAAAAAAUAUCAAAACAACAAUUGGAGAAAUUAUUUUUAUACCAUCUACAGUGACUCCGCCAAUAGUUAUCUGUGAUGCACACAAAAUCAAACCAAUAACUUCUACCUUAGAACCAUUGUCAUUUGAUGCUAGUUCAUGGUUUGAUGAAACUACUGCACCUCAGUACGCCCAGUUAUAUUCGGUGGAAAAUGGUUACUGGAAACCAUCUAAGACUAGCGAAAACGAAUAUUUACAAAUUUAUUUAGGGUACCCGGAAACGGUUUAUGGGGUAGAGGUGUCUGGUAAUCCUUUAACCGAUGAAUACGUAACAAGUUACAAAGUAGCAUAUAGCUUGGAUGGAAUAAGUUAUAGUUAUGUUUUAUAUCAUGGACAACCUGAAGCUUUCCGAGGUCCUUAUUCGCAUAAUGUAAUAGAAAAACAAAUAUUUUUUACUCCCGUUGAAGCAAAGUACGUCCGACUUAUACCUAUGACCUGGCGAAAUAAUAUUGCUAUGCGAGUAUCUUUAUUAGGAUGUCCAGUUACAUCUACUACUCUUGGUUAUGAAACUCAAUCAACUAUAAAACCAUCUAACAAAUCCAUUUGUUCCGAUCCAAUGGGAAUCGAAUCUGGCUUGUUAAACAACAUGAUAUCGGUAUCUUCGUCCACAUUUGAAAAUUUCAAUGCUAUCAAUGUGUCACUCAAUAGUGAAUCAGCAUGGGUACCAUUUACAGCUUCAACCAAUCAGUGGAUUCAAGUAGAUUUUACGGAGCCUAGAAUUAUAACUGGUAUUGUAACUAAAGGUAUUUCUUCAACAAGCAAAACAGGUGAAGCAUGGAUUGAAGCAUACAAAAUAGUGUAUAGCAAUGAUUUAAUAAACUGGAAUAAAAUAUUGGAUUCUAACAAAGACGAACAGAUUUAUUCAGCUAACUUUGACGGGAAAAGUCCAAAUACUGUAUUUUUCAAAACACCAAUCAGAACGCGUUAUAUCAGACUUCAUCCAGAAAAAUGGUACAAUAUGCCGGCAUUGAGAUUAGAAAUUCUUGGAUGCUUUGAAGCAUACGCAACUGAAGAAACAAUUAUUCAGACAACAAUAAAACCCACUAUUCAUCUCACAAACUGCAAUAUUUGUCCUGGUAUAACAAAUAAUGACUGUAACUGCUCAUCGGACACGUGGUGGAAUGGCGAGAACUGUGGACUACGUUCCGAAUGUCCAUGUGUUCUAGGAAUUAUGACAUACCAAGUCGGUACAGUUUACGAUUUAGAAAACUGUCAACAGUGUACAUGCACGCUUGGUGGAUUGCCUGACUGUGCACCAAAAGUGUGCGGCUCUUGUCCUCCCGGAGAGGUUUCCAAUACUGCAGUAUCAAGUUGUAAAUGCGAAUGUAUGCCAUGUAAAAAUGGCACAAAGUUAUGUCCGACAUCUAAUGUAUGUCUUGAAGAAUCACUUUGGUGCAAUGGGAUUCAAGAUUGCCCGGAUGAUGAAAUUAACUGUUUAACAACUACUACGACAACAACAACUACCACUCCAGUUACAAAAACCAAAACAAAAUCAACACCAACACCAACAACACCAACAACACCAACAACAACAACAACAACAACAACAACAACUAUGGCUCCAACAGUUACAGAGGAAAUAAAAACAACCAUUCCAAUAAUUGUGCCACCAAAAAAAAGAGGUCCAGGUCCAUGUCCCGAAAUUAAAUGUCCUGAAGGACAAAUAGCAAAAAUUUUAAAUUCAUUACCAGUGAAAACCAAUUCAAUUAAAUUUGCUCGAAAGACAAGAAGUCCGGAAAUUAUUGAGGAUGAUCCGUGGCCAUCGCCUUUUAAUCCUAUGACUAAUUUAGCAGCCUCAGUGAAAAGAAAUCAUCAAGACCCACUUUUUAGUACUAAAGGAACAACAAUUCGGCGUAAAGGAGGUAUCAAUUUUGGUGUUAAAAGUGGAGGUGUGAAAAACGAUAAUCAACAGCCAAUAUGUAAACAAUGGAUUUGUGAAGCACAAGUAGAACAAUUUAAGUGUAAUACACCAUCGAUUACAUGCCAAGAAGGAUAUUUCUUACAAAUCACUCCAAAUGAUAACGACAUUUGUCCAGUUUAUACAUGUGUAUCGAAUACAUUGGACGAAAGUGAAUGUGAAAUCGAUGGCAGAGUAUUUAAAACCUUCGAUGGAGUUACGUACAAAUAUGAAGUUUGUGAUCAUAUUAUUGUCAGAGAUCGAGUACAUAAAAAGUUUAUGAUAAAACAAAUCCGCCGUUGUCCAUAUAUUGGUGCUUGUCAAGUAUCUUUAUGGAUAGACCAUUUGAAUCAUACUAUUGAAUUUUUUCCAAAUAUGACAACAACAUAUGAUGGAUAUUCUUAUACUGUUAAUCAGCUUCAAGUUAUAGGAAGUCAAGCUACGCAAUUUGCCGUGAAACAAGUUCAAACUGAUUAUAUUAUAUUUGCCAGUACAUUAGGUUUUAAUAUUAUUUGGCAAGUUAAUGGACAAGUGAAAAUAAAGGCAAAUGCAUAUUAUACUGGAAGAGUUGAUGGUCUUUGUGGAUUUUUCGAUAACAACCCUACAAAUGAUAAGCUUAAGCGUGAUGGACUUAUUGCUACAACUACUCCAGAAUUCGGAAACUCUUGGGCUGAUUCUAAUGUACAAUGUGAAGCCAAAAUAUGUCCACUACAUAUACAAAAAGAGGCUCUUGAAGCUUGUAAUGUUUUUAGGUCGGAACCAUUGAAUCAAUGUGGUGGGCAUGAGAAUAUCGAAGAGUUUGUAAUGAAAUGUGUGGAAAGCAUUUGCUCAUGUUCUGAAAACUCAGUAAAUGACUUUUCUGAAUGUAGAUGUAAAGCUAUUUCAGGAUUAGUUACUCAAUGUUAUAUAUCAAAUUCAUCAGUUGAACUUUCUGAUUGGCGUAUACUACACGAUUGCCCUGUUAAUUGUCCCACGCCUUUGGUGUACAAAGAAUGUUUUAACAAAGUAUGUGAGCCUACUUGUGAUUCAUUACUUCAAAGUGAUCCAUGUCCAAAAUUACCUGGCUUUUGUUUCCCGGGAUGUUAUUGUCCAGAAGGAUUUAUUAAAGAAUUAGGGUCUUGUAUAAAACCAUCAAAAUGCAGAAACUGUGUAUGCGAAGGAUCGGGUACCAAUCAUUAUACAACAUUUGAUAAGGUUGACUUUACUCACAAGCAAAAUUGUUCUCAUGUUUUAGUAAAAACUACAAAAGAAAAUAAUUCAUUAAAACCUGGUUUCACUAUUGUAGAGACUACUGGGAAAUGCUCUAAUCCUCUGUUUUCAAAUGGAGUCUGUGUUCAAAAUCUAACUAUCAUCCAUGCAGCUCACGAAUUGCACUUAUACUAUAAUGAAGACGCUUCUAAAAUAUUAGCAAUUGUUGAUGGGAAUGAAGCCAGUAAAAUACCAUUUACAAAUAAAUGGUUAUCGAUAACAGAAUCUCCUGGAAAAUCUGUAACUGCUAGUAUUCCAAUUCUUGAAAUAGAAGUUAUAUUUAUGACUAUGAAUCAAGGUUUUUCAAUAAAAAUGCCAUCACAUUUAUACUACAAUAAAACUGAGGGCCUCUGUGGUAGUUGUAACGCAGAUUCUACAGAUGAUAUGGCAGCUCCAGAUGGAAAUAUUCCAAUAAAUGCUGAUGAGUUCGUAAUAAGCUGGAAGGAAAAUGGAACUAAAUUUGAACAGUGCGAAGCCAUUAUAACUGAAGUUAAAGAAAAAGAAGAAACGUGUUCUAUUCCUAAUCCAGAUGUCGAUCCAUGUCUUAAGUUAAUGGAUUCUAAAUUAUUUGGCCAAUGUCAUGCUAUUGUUGAUGUGAAUUUGUACUUGAAAAAAUGUCAUUCCAUUUUAUGCCAAGGUCACGAAGGAUCAUUUUGUCAUUCGUUAGAAGCUUAUGUUCGUGAAUGUCAAUCUUUUGGCGUGUGUUUAGAUUGGAGAUCUCCAAACCUAUGUCCUUAUUCUUGUCCAAAAGGAUUAUUCUAUAAGGCUUGUUCAUCUGGUUGUGAAGAGACCUGUGAUAACUAUAAAGCAUUAAGGUCUGGAGAAACAUUGUGUAAAAAUCUACCCACAGAAAUGUGCACAUGCCCAACUGGACAAGUAUUUAAUAAUAGCAUAUGUGUAAACGAAAACCGCUGUGAACCUUGUGAUACUGAAAAUCAUUUUGUCGGAGACACAUGGCUUGCUGACAAAUGCACUACAUGCACCUGUUCAAAAGUUUCAAAAACAGUACACUGUGAAAAAAAACAAUGCACCCAAUCAUUGUUUGCAAUUUGCCAAACUGGAUUCAAAUCUGUAAAAGAUGAAGAUAACUCAGACGAGUGUUGUGUACAGUAUAAAUGUGUACAAGAGGAGAAUAUCGUUCAAAACUGUACGGAUAUUGCAAUGCCUGUAUGCGCAACAGAUCAAGUAGUAAAAAUGGAAUUGACUCCGAAUGGCUGUAAGAGAUUUAUUUGUGAAUGCAAACCUAAGGAUGAAUGUUAUUCGGGUUUACCAGACAAAGAUGUGGAACUUUUACCCGGUAUGAUUAAUGUUAUGAAUAACCAAGGGUGUUGUCCUUCAUUCCAAGCGAUUUGUGCGCCAGGCACAUGUCCUACACCAAAACCAUGUCCUAUGUACCAUGAACAAUCUGUUAUUGAUGAUCACAGUUGUUGUCCACAAUUUAAGUGUGAAUUGCCGAAUAAUACAUGUGUGUACGAAUAUGAGUGGAUCGCCUCGACAGAAGGAGGAGAACGCAAGCGCUCUGAAAACGAGAAAACUGUAGUUUUGAAACAAGUGAACGAUAAUUGGGAAGACGGUCCUUGUCGAUCGUGUUACUGUGAUGUGACGUCUACCCGAGGAACUUGCAACAAAAUUGAAUGUGCUGCUCCAUUAAUAAGUUCCGACUACGUAAUAGUAUCGCACACAAAAUAUGGACAGUGUUGCCCGAGUUACAAAAAAGAGUCAUGUAUUUUUAAUGGAACGGUUUAUAAUGUCGGAAGUGAAUGGUCUUCAUUUGAUCCUUGCUUAUCUAUGAGCUGUAAGCUCGAUAACAAUGGCGAAGCGUUUAUUACUGAAUCCGUAAAAAGUUGCAACACCGAGUGCCCACUGGGGUGGACUUAUACACCUUCGACAAACAGUUGUUGCGGAACGUGCUUACAAAAAUCUUGUGUGAUGCAAAAUAAGACCUAUGCUGAUAACGAUGUGUGGACGUACGACAAUUGUACGUCGUUUAUUUGUUCAAAGUCUGAGUUCAAUGAAUUUAAUAUCUUACCGGCAUACCACACGUGUCCGAAUAUUGGUGACUGUCCGGAAAACAGAAUCUAUUACGACGGAUGUUGCGAACAGUGCAAUUCCACAGGGGCCAUUGAAGCUGAGAGCCAUAGCCUUUGCGCUCCAGAGAGUUUACCCAUCAAUCAAACAGUUGGUCUAAUAACAGAAGACAAUCCUUUCCACGACACGUGCACAAAUACAGAAGCCAUAGUUGGGUUCACGGAGUGUCGGGGCCUUUGCGAUUCAUACACGUACUUCAAUAAAAAAACAAUAAGACACGAUUCAAAAUGUCAAUGUUGUCAGCCAAUCCGUUUCGAUAAAUUGUCGGUGGUGUUGCAGUGCAAGGAUGGCUAUCAGUAUAACAAGCCUGUUCCAGUACCGUCGGCUUGCUCUUGUACGGCGUGCGGUGAAGAGAGCUUUUCGAUAAAAAAAUCCAGGAAACUUUAA